GGCAUAUAUGCAGACUUUUGCCAAUACAUACACCUUGGACUUUAGCCCAGAAAUGAGCCGCAAUGACACCAGCCUAAUUCCUCACUGGGUAUUUCAAGAAUGGCUGUAAACCCCUGCCUCAGUACCUGUGAAAUUUUAUGGGAUCUGUCAUGGCUGCGUUGGUAGUCCUGCUUACACUAGUUCCAUUUACACCCGCUGACAACGCAGAGCGCCAAAUUCAUCAGAAAAGUUAGAGCGUAGCACCGGUCGCUUUGCACGCAGUAAAAUGUCCCAAAAUUCAGGAAAAUCUGCUUUUCAGCUAUUUCGUGCAGAGUACACCGAGAAACAAAAGGCCAAGGGUGUGAUAUUUGCAAACCGUUCCCAUGCUAAACAAGUUUGCCACAUGAAAUGGGAGGAAAUGGCGCACGAGCAGCGUGGAACAUACUUUGCGCAGGCAAGAAUGUGCAACAAGUUGUGCUUUCAAGAGCAGCCCAGUGGUCGAAGCCCCACCGUUCACCCUGGAACCGUCAUAGAGAGCAACACGUCGGUGGUUGAGUUUGAGCAGGCGCCAAGCAGUACGGAGGGCUCCGAUUCGCGUGAUCUUGCUUCGAAUGAUGGCGAGGCAUCGGCCAUCAUCGAAUCCGGCACUACAACUCAUCGACCGGAUACGGCCGAAGGCAGCACGGAAAUUUGCUGGAGUUGGUUUGCUCGCUACUUAAAUGAUGGCGAGGCAUCGGCCUUCACUACAACUCCUCGACCGGAUAUGGCCGAAAGCAGCACGGAAGACUGGAGUUGGUAUGAUCUUUACUCAAAUGAUGACGAGGCAUCGACCAUAAUCGAAUCCGACACUACAACUCCUCGACUGGACAUGGUCGAAAGCAGCACGGAAGUUUCCUGGAGUUGGUCUGAUCUCCACUCAAAUGAUGGCGAGCCAUCGACCAUCAUCGAAUACGGCACUACAACUCCUCGACCGGAUAUGGCCGAAAGCAGCACGGAAUACUGCGGUUGGGAUUCGCAUGAUCGUUGCUCAAAUGAUGGCGACGCAUCGACCAUGAUGGAAUCCGGCGGUACAACGACCCGGCUGGAUAAGUUGAAGAAGCUCACAAGCAUGACGGACUACUGGGAAUCGCUUUUUUCGAAUGAGGGCGAGUCAUCGACUAUGGCUAAUUCCGGCAGGAAGGUUUGUUGUUCGCACUGCCGUUUUUCAAACGAUAACGAAACGUCAGCCGAUGGGAACUUUGGCAGUACAACGUCCCGGCAAAAUUUGCUGAAGCCAGCGGAAGGCAACGAAGACUUUUGGGAAUGGGAUCCACGUGCUCGUUUUUCAGAUGGUAACCAAGCGUCGGCCAUGACUUACUCCGUUGGUACAACAUCUCAGCAAGCUGAGUAUUGCGCUGCUUUCCGCUUUGGCCUGCCUACGAUACCCGAGGAGUUUGGCUCAGGUACCGAACUCUAGGCCGGGGCUUCAAGGCGAAAUGUGCGAUGCCCGAAACCGAGCAAGAACGGUUGCGGACUCUACCUAUGGCCGGUCGUGGACGUGGCAUGUUUCCAGAUUAUACGUUUAGAAAGCACUAACAAACUCAUCUGCAUUUACUUACCUAUUUGAAACUUGAUCAGCUUUUCCUAUCCGAUGUAAAAGGCUUCAAAUAAAUUGGAUAUCGAAACCACCGAA